UCCUUGGGAGAUAACUAAUAUGAAGUCUCUUGAAAACCUUGAUUUCAGUUCUAAUCUGCUGAUUGGAGAGAUGCCACCUCAGUUUGCAGAAAUGAAACGUUUAGAGACUCUAAAUCUCUCACACAAUAAUCUUUCUGGUUUCAUUCCGUCUAAGUUUGAUGAAAUGAAUAGCUUGACAAUGGUUGAUAUAUCCUUCAACCAAUUGGAAGGUCCUAUUCCAAAUUCCAAAGCUUUCCACAAGGCUUCAUUUGAAGCAUUGAGAAACAACAAAGGCUUGUGUGGUGAUGCUGCUGGUUUGCCGCUUUGCACUCAUGGUAAAAGGGGCAACAAAGUCAACAUAUUGAUCAUACUGGUAUCUGGUUUCGGAGGCCUGUUUCUUCUAUCCAUUUUUGUAAUUCUAUACACUCUUCAUAGAAGACAAGUGAAGAAAACCAACAUCCCAGAUGAGCAAGAAACACAAAAUCAGAAUAUGUUUGAAGUAUGGAACUUCGAUGGGAAAAUGGUGUACGAGAACAUCAUUGAAGCAACCGAGGAGUUUGACUCCAAAUAUUGCAUUGGAGAGGGAGGAACCGGGAGUGUUUACAAGGCAGAGUUAAGGACUGGCCAAGUUGUUGCUGUGAAGAAGUUUCAUACAAACACAAAUGAUGAUGAUCAUCAGAAGUCUCAAUAUCUCAAAGCAUUUACUAGUGAGGUUCGUGCACUAACACAAAUACGACAUCUUAACAUCGUGAAGCUAUAUGGGUUCUGUUCACAUCGAAGGCACUCGCUUUUGGUUUACGAGUUCAUAGAAGGUGGGAGCUUGCGAAAUGUACUCAUGAACAAUGAUGAAGAAGCGAGAGCUUUUGGUUGGAACAAAAGGGUAAAUGUUGUGAAAGGUGUGGCAAAUGCAUUGUCUUAUAUGCACCAUGACUGCUCACCGCCCAUAAUCCAUCGAGAUAUAUCAACCCAAAAUAUUCUGCUAAAUGCAGAACAUGAUGAAGCUCGUGUUUCUGAUUUUGGAACAGCCAGACUUCUCAAACCUUACUCAUCCAACUGGACUUCGUUUGCCGGAACUUUUGGAUAUGCUGCUCCAGAACUUGCUUACACAAUGGAAGUGAACGAGAAAUGUGAUGUGUAUAGCUUUGGAGUGGUGAUGCUGGAAACACUUAAGGGGAAGCAUCCAGGAGACCUCGUUUCAUCUCUCUCAUUCCCAUUGUCCUCACCAUCAAAUGCAACACCAGCUUAUGAUCAAGUAGCAAUUAUUGAUCUUUUGGACCAGCGCUUACCCCCUCCCACAAAUAAAGAAGCUGGGAAAGUGCUUUCUGUUAUCAGAAUAGCAUUUGCAUGCUUGCUUAACACUCCACAAUCUCGUCCAACAAUGAAACAGGUUGCUCAAGAGCUCUCAACUCAGACCCAUCAUUUGUCAAAGCCAUUGUCUUUGGUCUCCUUAGGAGAGUUGUUUGGUCUCAGUGAUUCUACUUCCUGAACACAUAUGCAUGUUUAUCUCUAUGCAUUUCGUUUUUAUUUUUCUUUUUUCUUGUUGAAGACUUGAUUGUGAAUGUGUUGCUGGUUUUCUUUAUGUUUUACUUUUGGGAUAAUAUUUCCUUAUGAUACAUGUAUUAUAUAAACUGGGGAGAGUUAGGGAUAAUAUUUCCUUAUGAUACAUGUAUUAUAUAAACUGGGGAGAGUUAAUCCUUAUGUGA